AUGAUAAUACAUACAAUUAAAUCAUUCUUAUUGUGGUUGCAUGAUGCGGAUCAUGUGUCAAAGUUUCAAUGGGAAUUCGGUAUACUACCCCGUGAUUGUGUAACAAAAAAUGUUGAGUCAACACUUGUAAAUCAAAAUAGAAAUCGAAAAAAACUCCAUCAGACUAAUUGUCACAUUGAAAGAGAAGAGACUAAUAAUAAUCAUGAAGCACAAGAAUCUCAACAAGAGCAGCGUAAGAUAACAUAUAACAGAAAUGUGAUCGAUGAAUGUGUCGAAGAAAUACAACGUCAAAAACAAAGUAAUUCAACAGCAUCAACGACAAACAUAGAAUUGGAUGAGCAACACGAUAUGCUUGAUUACAAGAUUGAGAACUGGUACUGGUACUACUUUUUUCAACUUGGAUCAGCACUAGCACUUCCAAGACCUCGAACACCACCAGUGUUACAAUUAGAAAAACGCUAUUUGGAAGAAUAUGGGUUUCCAUCCACACAUGCAAUGUUUGCUGCAGGAGUACCUGUAUCAUUUGUUUUGCUAUCACUGCAGCGCUAUGAUUUUAACAUAUGGAUUGGAAUAAUCUGUGCGGCAAUUAUAUGUGAUGUUAUUGCUGGUGUAAUUUAUGCAUUGUUUCUAAGUUAUUUAAUGUUUCCGUACGUUGAUGCAAUUGAUAAUUUUCAAAUCAAUUUUUCAAUGGCUCCACUUUUUAAUUUCAUUAUUGGUUAUCUAUUAAUUCGAUUUUAUCCAUCUAGAAAACAAUGGUCUGGAGCACGCAACGAUACAACAGUUAUAUUAGGAAGUGUGUCUGGAUUCUACUCGGCUACAUCAAUAAUGAAUACUAUGGGUUUACUCCUAAAACCCAUAUUAUCACCAAAAUAUGCACCUAUCUAUCCAAAUUACUUACGUUGUUUAUUACGCCCAACGUUUGGUGCAAUACUUAUUCUUUUAACAAGACAAAUUGCUAAAACAAUUGUAUUAAGGUUAACAUGUUUAUUUUAUGGUGUAGAUUAUCGUAAACCUGAAUGUAAACGUUUGGCUAAGAUUGAAAUACCAUAUUAUUAUUUGACAUAUUUUGCAACAGGCUUCAACAUGGCAUUUACUUGUCCAGUGGCUUUUCAUGCAAUGGGUAUUGGAAAUGAUUAA